AUGACUGGCAAGAUACACUUAUCGGAAAAAGAGGACAGAGAGGCUGGAAUUGGCUCACGGCCUCGCAAGUCUUCAAGAGCAAGAUACUAUCUUGUGUUUGUUGCCAUUUUGGCCCUCCAAUUGUACUGGGGCUAUGGUUGCUCUCAGCACUUUGUGGACCAGAAAUACGCCUUAGAGACUCAGGUCUCCAAACCUCAACUUUUCGCGCAAUACCUGGGAGCUUUGGAGGAAAACUACGCGGGCAAAUGGCUCAAGAAGUAUGCGGAAAGGACCCAAUUGCCCGGCACAAUCGACAAUAUUGAAAUGGUCAAUUGGACCAAGGCAAAAUUCGAGGAGUACGGAUUGGAGGCCGAAAUCGACGCAUACACCUCGUAUAUGAGCUAUCCUAUCUAUCAAUCUCUGAAACUGUUGCAAGGCAAGAACGAGUCAGUUGUCUAUGACGCCAAGCUGAUUGAAGACGAGGUUGAAGAUGACCCGAACUCGUUCAAGUCCGUUCCGGCUUUUCUUGGAUACGCGGCCUCCGGAGACUUCACGGGAAGCUAUGUGUACUGCAACUACGGUACCAAAGAGGACUUUGAGACGUUGGACAAACUCGGAGUUGAGACCAAGGACAAGAUUGCUGUGAUUAGGUACGGUGCUAUUUUCCGUGGUCUCAAAAUUAAGUUUGCUCAGGAACACGGUUUCAAAGCUGCUCUACUUUUCACGGACCCGGCAGACGAUGGAGAAGUGACCGAGGAAAACGGGUACAAGGCGUAUCCAGAGGGAAUUGCGAGAAACCCUUCGGCUAUCCAGCGUGGUUCGGCUCAAUUUUUAUCGGUCUUCCCCGGAGACCCGACUACUCCAGGAUACGCAAUCAAGCCCGGUGAAGACAAGUCGCGGUCCGAUCCUAAGAUCACCACCCCCAAGAUUCCAGCCCUUCCAAUCUCGUUCAGAGAGGUCACUCCAAUUCUGGAGAAACUGUCUGGCCACGGUCCCCAGGUGGCCACAUGGCCCAAGGGACUGAUCAAGGGAUUCGACUACACUUCUGUUGGACCUAACCCAGAGUACAAGCUCAAUCUUGUGAACGAGCAAGACUUCAACGUGACAGACGUCUACAACGUCUACGGAAAGAUCGAAGGAGUGAAUAAGGACGAAGUGAUCAUCAUUGGUAACCACCACGACUCGUGGACUCCGGCUGCUGGAGAUCCACACUCGGGCUCUGCCGUCAUGCUGGAACUUGCUAGAGCUCUGGGUGGUCUGGUGCAAUCCGGCUGGAAGCCUCAAAGAACGAUACUGCUGGCUUCUUGGGACGGCGAGGAGUACGGACUGAUUGGUUCCACUGAGUUUGGAGAGUACUAUGCUAAACAGCUUUCCAAAAAGGCUGUUGCGUACUUCAACAUGGACGUUGCUUCUAUUGGAAACAUCCUGCACCUGGGCUCAUCUCCUCUGCUCUACAGUCUGCUCAGAGAGACCGCCUCUUUACUACCAUAUCCCGACAGCAACAUCACUCUGUACGACCAUCUCAAGGAGAUCUCCAAGGACCAUAUCAGUGCUCUGGGAUCCGGUUCCGAUUACACUGUGUUCCUGGACCAUCUGGGUAUUCCGUCUGUUGAUCUCGGCUUCACCUCCAACAAGACGGCUCCGGUCUACCAAUAUCACACGGUCUACGACUCCUAUCACUGGAUGAAGACUCUUGGAGACCCGGGCUUUGUCUACCACAACCUGAUGGCCAAAUACGCUGGACUUUUGGUGCUGAAUCUGAGUGAGUCGAAACUGUACAAGUUCAAGACCACUGACUAUGCCGAACAGAUCUCGAACCUGUUCAGCAAAAUUGAGAUACCAAAAGACUGGCUCCAGAAGAAGCUGGACGAGGACCCGGAAGUGUCGAGCUUGGAGGAGCUGGUUGCACAGGUGUACGAGAACAUUGCGUCUUUGCUCAAGUCUGCUGCCACGUUUGACGAAGACACCGUUGUGCUGCAGGAAAAGUACGACAACUGGGACGAUCUGUCGUUUGUGGAGAAGAUCAAGCUCAAGUGGGCCAUUUUCAAGGCCAACACCAAGCUCAAGUACUUUGAAAGAGCGCUCCUCAACCACGAUGGCUUGAAAAAGAGGCCAUGGUUCAAGCAUAUUAUCUAUGUCAGUGGCCGGUACACUGGGUAUGCUGGACAACAGCUUCCAGGACUCGUUGAGCCGAUCGAGGACGACGACUUUGCCGGUUUUGUCAACGGACUCACCUUCUUCAACAACGUUUUGAAAAAACUGGCUACCAGUAUUUAA